CCUACCUACCAAACCCCCAUCCUGGAGCGGAGGUUCAUUGCCGCACCCGUCUCCCACACCCUCACGGCACGGGACUCCCGACGAGGAACAUGGACAAGCACGCCGCCGCCGCCGCCGCUGCAGAAGACGUCGAGACAUGCGAGCACGAGCGCACAGGGACGGUAUGGACGGCGACGGCGCACAUUGUGACGGCGGUGAUCGGCUCCGGCGUGCUGGCGCUGGCGUGGAGCGUGGCGCAGCUGGGCUGGGUGGCGGGGCCGCUCGCCCUGGCGGGCUUCGCGUGCGUCACCUUCUACACCUCCACCCUGCUCGCCAACGCCUACCGCGCCCCCCACCCCGUCACCGGCACCAGGAACCGCACCUACAUGGACGCCGUCCGAUCCUACCUCAGUCCUAGAGAGGUGUUCAUGUGCGGAAUCGCCCAGUACGUGAACCUCUGGGGCACCAUGGUCGGCUACACCAUCACCGCGACCAUCAGCAUGGUUGCGAUCAGGAGGUCCGAUUGCGUCCACCAGAACGGCCAGGGCGCGCGCUGCGACACGCCGGGCACCGUGCUCAUGCUCGCGUUCACCAUAGUCCAGGUGGUGCUGUCCCAGUUCCCCGGCCUGGAGCACAUCACGUGGCUCUCGGUUGUGGCCGCGGUCAUGUCCUUCGCCUACUCCUUCAUCGCGCUUGCGCUGUCGGUGGCGGAGUGGGUGUCUCACGGUGGCCACCCCAGUGGCAGGAUUCAGGGCGCUGCUGCGGCCUCGUCCAGCAAGAAGAUGUGGGACGUGCUUCUUGCCCUGGGGAACAUUGCCUUUGCCUACACGUUUGCAGAAGUGCUAAUUGAGAUCCAGGAUACACUGAAGUCACCACCAUCUGAGCACAAGACCAUGAAGAAGGCAGCAAUGUAUGGAAUUGGAGCCACCACCGUGUUCUAUAUCUCUGUUGGCUGCGCUGGAUAUGCCGCAUUUGGUUCAGAUGCUCCUGGCAACAUCCUGACGGCCUCCGGAUUAGGGCCUUUCUGGCUCGUCGACAUCGCCAACAUGUGUCUCAUCCUCCACCUCAUUGGGGCAUAUCAGGUUUAUGCACAACCCAUAUUUGCUACAGCAGAGAGGUGGAUUGUAUCCCGGUGGCCAGACACCAAGUUCAUCAGCAGCGCAUACACCGUCAGCAUCCCGCUCAUGCAACGAGGCUCAGUGACCGUCGCGCCUUACAAGCUUGUCUUAAGGACCGUCAUAGUUGUCACGACAACUGUGGUGGCGAUGAUGAUACCGUUUUUCAACGCGGUGCUGGGGCUCCUUGGUGCGUUCAGCUUCUGGCCGCUGACCGUAUACUUCCCCGUCAGCAUGCACAUUGCCCAGGGGAAGAUCACCAAGGGGGUGAAGUGGUAUCUCCUGCAAGGUUUGAGCAUGACCUGCCUGAUGAUCUCAGUGGCAGUGGGUAUAGGCUCUGUGACUGACAUUGUGGAUAGCCUGAAGGCCUCUGCUCCAUUCAAAACUGUCAGCUAGAGCAUGUACUAGUCUUGUGUAGAAUAGCGGUUGAAUAUCUGUACUGUAUCAUUUUUCUCUGAUGUCCAUGUACCGGAAGCCGAUCAGUUCCACAAAGACGAGUUUCUUAUAGUUAGAUCGUCUAUAAUGACCCAUUGGGUUGUUUCUAGUCCUCUCUAAAUAAACUCUGAAGAAUGACUAACAUGAAACAGAAAAGAGUGUUAUUGAAUGAUCA